GCCAGCCCGGCAGCCCGCAGUCCGACGCCGCCCCGCUCCGCUGCAGCUCGUCUUCCUCCUGAGUGAAGGGAAGGCUCCCUGAGCUCCGUGCGGACGUGGCCGAAACUGACCCGGGACAGCAAACAUGCCCCACCCCACAGAGACUGAGCGGUGCAUCGAGUCCCUGAUUGCCGUUUUCCAGAAGUAUGCUGGGAAGGAUGGGAACAGCAGCACCAUCUCCAAGGGGGAGUUCCUGAGCUUCAUGCACUCAGAACUGGCUGCCUUUACAAAGAACCAGAAGGAUCCUGGUGUCCUUGACCGCAUGAUGAAGAAGCUAGACCUCAACAGUGAUGGACAACUAGAUUUCCAAGAAUUCCUCAACCUCAUUGGUGGCUUAGCCGUGGCUUGCCAUGACUCCUUCAUGAAAUCUGCCCAACCCCAGAAGCGUAUGUGAGGGCCCCAUGAGCCUGACCUCAAAACCUCCCUCUUCCCUCAAGUCGCCCAGUCAUUCCAGCCCCCACCCACCCUGAGCCCACCACCUCCACCACACUGGGGAACCCACUCCUGCUCGUGAUAAUAAAACAACCUUUUUUUUUUUUAAAACACA